AUGGAUUAUCACCUCAACACCUCUCUUCGUUUAAGCCUACCCAACAAUGAACUCAACCUAGAGCUAGUCCUCGAACCGUCAUCGUCAUCGUCAUCGCCCCGCAGCCUGGCCGAACCUCGAAUCUUCUCUUGUACUUAUUGCAAAAGGAAGUUCAAUAGCUCACAAGCACUUGGAGGGCACCAAAAUGCUCACAAACUAGAACGGAGUCUUGCCAAGAAAAUCAGGGAGCUAAGCUCGGUUGUUAGGGCUCAUGGUCAACGUCUGCAGUCACCAAUGGCUCCGUUUGAACAACAAGGUCGAGCUGGAGAAAUGAGCUAUGUUAGAAGAGACAUGAACUACGUUUCUGUGGAAUACGUUGAGGAUGAGCUUAGUCAGGUUGAUUUAUCUUUAAGGCUGUGA